CAGGUAGGUAUAUAUACAGGUGACGCGGCCUCGUCCCGUCCACUUCCCGUUGGGUCUCCACUCUCCGCGCACCUCGUGCCAGCACAGCAGCAACAGCAGCCCAGCUCGCUCCCUCGCUUUCUACAUCUCCAGACACACACCUUUACCUCCAAGCCAGGAUGUCCAUGCAGAUGCGAGUGGUCGUGGCGGUCGCGGUCGUGGUGGUGGUCCUGGCGCUGCUCAGUUCCCCCGUCAGCGCCGGCUACAGGAAGCCCCCAUUCAACGGAUCCAUCUUCGGCAAACGUUCUGGCUCUGAUGCUGUGUACGAACCCGGCAAAUCCCAGGCCCUGGCGUCCGUGUGCCAGGUGGCUCUCGAGGCGUGCACCCUCUGGUUCCCUGGAGCCGAGAAGAAAUGAACCACUCAGGUGGCAACACAUAACCUGCGGAGAGAGAGAAGAGGAGGAGGAGGAGAGCAGCAGCGUCACAGCAUCUAACUCCCAUCCACUGACCUUCCCAGCGCCAUGACCCUCGGAGGCAACACCACACCGCCACCACCACCAAGAGAGCAACACCUGGGCACCCACCAACACCAUCACCACCGCUGUAUAGAAGAGAAAUCGAAAGAAACUGAGCUUAUAUAAUCUUCUCGUCCCUCGCUCCCACGAUAUAGUGUUUGUGUAUUUUUUGAUUGAGGGGACGAGGGAAGGAGGGUGGGUGCGGUUAAUUAACUGUUUAAUUUGCGAUUCGUUUGUGUUGCAUGUGUUCUCCCUCCGCGGGUCAUGCUUUCAUUCUCUUUAAUUAAUUAGUGAGUGUCAGUUUCUCUAGAUAAAGAUAUAAAAGUGUUAGCAGAAUUCCUUUUUUUAUUGUAUCUUUUUUGUUCUUUUUAUCUACUUUGAUUAACUUAUGAUUGCCUUCACUGACCUAUCAAUCUCACUCUUCCUCCAUCCUUUCUUCUGUUCUAUUUCACUUUUCCCCAAUGCCACUCUCUCUCUCUCUCUUUCUCUUUAUGGAAUUAUACACCAGAUUAUCCUCACUCCAGGUCACUCUUCAACAUUGGCACUCUCACCUGGCACUCUAUUAUCCUAUCUGAUGUAUUUGCAGACUCAGUGACGAGAGGAUAAUGGCAUGGAAAUUUUUGUUCAAUAGUCCAUAAAUUGUAACUUCAUGUCUUCCCUCCUCCGGCUUUCUAGACUUUUAUUCCCUCUUCUUGCUUUAACUGUUCUUUUCCUUCCUUUCUGAUCGCAUAAUUUCCUACUCCCUAAUUUGCUAGACUUCUCUCCUUCUCCUUCUUCUUUAUCUCCAGGUUUUCUUUGCAUUCCUUCUUUCUCUUUUUCUUUAUUAAUUCUUUUCAACUUAUACUCUUUAUUUCAUUUGUUCUUUUCCAUUUUUUUUUAUCUCAUAAUUUCCUAAUCCUAAUUUUCUAGACUACUCUCUCUCUCUUUCUCCAGGUUUUCUUUGCACUUCCUCUUGCUCCUCCUCUUCCUCGCAGUGACGAUUAAGUCCACAUUCCUGAGUUGAGUUAUUGUAAAGACUCUCUGUGUAUCCCCGUGUGGAGUUAAAGUCCUCUGUGCCGGUGGUCGCUGUUGCUCGCCUUUCCCGUAACAUAUUGGUUAUAAUAAUAAUAAUAAUAAUAAUAAUAAUAAUAAUAAUAAUAAUAAUAAUAAUAAUAAUAAUGGUACAUCCCUUUUCUCCCUCCUUGGUCCUGCAUACGUACAUAUCAAUUGAGAGGAAGGUCAAAAAAUAAACCCAUGAAGAGGUGUACUCGUGUCAUUAAUUACCUUUCCCUCCCUACCUGUCUACCUCCCCCCACCACCAACCAAAAUAUAGGAAAAAGGAAAUAAAAAAAAGGGAAAUGAUUACUGUUCUCACCCUUCCCCCAACAAUAAAAAUAAAAGGUAGAAAAACAAAAUAACAAAAAGAAAACAAGGGCAAGUUUAGUGGUGCAUCAAAAUCUGGCUGGAUGUAUGUGAAUUAAAACCACAGUAAUGUACUCUCUCUCUCUCUCUCUCUCUCUCUCUCUCUCUCUCUCUCUCUCUCUCUCUCUCUCUCUCUCUCUCUCUCUCUCUCUCU